AUGGCUGAGCUCCCCAAAGGCUUUUUCAGGCAUUUGACGCACAUCAUCAGAGUAACAUUGGACACCAACCUGAUGUGCUGCCAUCUCGAUCUUUUGAGGCAGGAUGCUGAUUGUGAAUAUGCCUUCAAUGAUAACUUCGCAAGCUGUCACUCCAUGUUCCGCAACCGUGCUCCGAGGAGAACUCUAUGGGUUGUCGCUCUUCUGUCGUUGUUAGGAUCUUUGUUUGUAGUUGGGUGGCAGUGUUUCUUCCCUGAUAACAAUGUGGUCCAAUCUAUUAUGUUGGCGAAUCUGGGUGUGUCCGACGGCAUCAUGGGUAUAUACCUUAUUAUUGUAGGUAUAAAAGACCUGCAAUGGUCAGGGGAAAACUACCUGCAUGACUAUGAGUGGCGCACCGGUUGGUUUUGCCAUUUCAAUGGUGCCAUGUCUGUCUUUUCAAGUGAAGUGUCAGUGAUGAUGAUUUCUCUGAUCGCAUGGGACAGACUCAAGAACAUCGUGUUUCCUUACACCUUUGCAAAAAUCACACCAAGGCAGACCCGCAUAAUGUGCGUAGUUAUCUGGCUGUUGGGAGGCAUUAUAGCAUUCCUUCCCUUGUCCGGAAUGCACUAUUUCAGUGAGAGGUAUUAUGGCAAUAAUGUAGUGUGCCUGCCCUUGCAACUUUCCCCGCGAUUAGAAGAAGGCUGGGAAUACUCCACCUCCAUUUUUAUCGUUCUGAAUUUUUUCCUAUUCAUCUUCAUCACGGUUGCUUACGUUGCCAUUUUGUGGAAAUCAUGGUCAUCGAGCAGACGACUCGGUGGGCAUGGAACCAUCCGUGAAAUACGAGCAAGAGCACAAAGUGCACAGGCUAAAAGAGAAAGAGCACUUGCCAAAAGAGUCUUUUUCAUUAUUCUGACCGACUUCUUGUGCUGGAUGCCAAUCAUUUCUAUCGGCAUCCGGUCCCACGUCGAGAAAACAUUUGAUCCUCCUGGUGAUCUAGCGGUGUGGAUUGCAGUGUUCGCUUUGCCGAUCAAUUCAGCUAUCAACCCAUUGCUGUAUACGCUUUCCACUCCACAGGUGCAGGCUGUGUUGAAAGCAAAACUGAGGAAGCUGUGGUCCAAUGUUCGAUCUAUUUUCAGCAGAGGCCAAAGUCAAGAAGAAAAAGCAGACAAUGAUCAGCAGGGAGAGAUUGGAAAUGGAGAUGAACAUGCUAACGACGAAGAAGGAGAACAAAUUGAAAUGCUGGUAAUAGAACACAACAAAAUCCCAGAAGUGGAAGUCCCUGAAUUGCCUGCUCAACAACCAAAUUAUGAAGAUGAUUUUGACAUCAGACCAGCCACUACAAAGACUGUGGAAGUAACUGUUCAUCAUGGCGAGAGCCAGUAUCGACGAAGAAGACAAACAGAAGAUCAAGAAGGAGGAAGUAAGCCUGAACCUAAAAAGCCAACUGAGAAAGCUGGUGAAUCUGAGGAGCAGGAGAUUAAAGAUAUUUCAGUGCCCAGUAACAAAGAAGCUAGAGAAGCUGAAGAAGAAGAGACGGUGCAUGAGCCUGGCACGGAUGCCGCAGAGGAAGGUUUGUUUGAGUAUGAUAAGCAAGCACAAGGAUGGGAACGAGUCCAGGAGCUUAACGAAGCAAAAGUUCUCUCAGUUCCACAGGGACACUAUGUGGAAUUAAACUUUACCAUGCGCGGCAAGUGGCCACUGCUGUGCCUAUGGGAUUUUAAUCUUGAAAUUCGUGAUGGCAGUAAUCAGUCGGCCAAUUUUCUCGGCGAGUUCUGUGGAGAUUACGGAAUUGGAGUGGUACGAUCCAGUGGACGAUACAUGUGGUUGAAACUUAUGUGGAAAGGGCUCUAUGAUUUCGCUGCAUUCUAUACUGACAGAUCCAACGAUGAAACAGGCAUGGAGUUCCUUCCUAUGUAA